UGGAUUCAGCCGUGGAGGGGCGGGCUGUCCAAAAACACAGACAUCCCCGCCCCGGCGCUCACCCCAUUGGCGGAGCCGGGUGCCAAAGCCGGAGGGUCCUGUUCGGAGGGGUCCAGUGAUUGGUUUACCGGGUGUGCGUGUGCAGGCAGCGCAGCCUGUCCGUUUGAAUGUGCUGGGGACUGGAGGGGAUCAUUUCCAUGGACCAUCUGUCUCGCUGGCUGCCCACACAACAAAGAAGGACCCAGGAUGGUGUUAGUACAUGUUGGAUAUCUGGUUCUCCCCGUCUUCGGCUCAGUUAGAAAUAGAGGAGCACACUUCACCAGGCAUCACAACAGCCAUGCUACCUCCUGCCGACACUUUCACCUGGGCGCUCCCCAGGCGCCCAUCUCAGCCGAGUUCCCUCUAGGACACGCCAGCCAGCCCCCUCAGACAGGCCUGGCCACCCAUCUGCCCCCGGCACACCAUCCGCCCCUCACUGCCCUGCCCGCGCCCCCUCAGUUCCAGGAUGUGCCGGGGCCUCCAUUCCUACCUCAGGCCUUACACCAGCAAUACCUCAUCCAGCAGCAGCUUCUUGAAGCGCAGCACCGCAGGAUCCUCCCGCACUCCAGAAGAACCCAGGAGCGUAUUCCCCUGAACCCUCACCGACUGCGUUCAGGCUACGAGUACUCCCCUCCCAUCCACGUUCCGCAGCCAAUGACACAGCAGCCGCGGUACCUGGCCGAAGGCACCGACUGGGAUCUCAGUGUAGAUGCCGGCCUCCCUCACCACCAGUACCAGCUCCAGCAGCUUCCACAGCACUAUCAGCAUUACCUAGCCUCCCCUCGAAUGCACCACUUCCCCAGGAACACAUCCUCUGCGCAAGUGGUUGUGCAUGAAAUCAGAAACUACCCGUACCCCCAGCUGCACCUGUUGGCACUGCAGAGUCUGAACCCUUCGAGGCAUGCCACCGCUGUGAGAGAAAGUUAUGAGGAGCUGUUGCAGCUGGAGGACCGGCUAGGGAGUGUCAGCAGAGGAGCUGUUCAGACAACCAUAGAGAGAUUCACCUUUCCACACAAAUACAAGAAGAGAAAGCCCCUGCAGCUGAAGAUUGGGGAGGAGGAGGAAACAGAUGUGGAUGAGAAAUGUACCAUCUGUUUGUCCAUGCUGGAGGAUGGAGAGGAUGUCAGGAGACUGCCCUGCAUGCACCUCUUCCACCAGGGCUGCGUGGACCAAUGGCUGGCCACCAGCAGGAAGUGUCCAAUCUGUCGAGUUGACAUCGAAACGCAGCUGAACCCUGACAGCUGAUGAGAUUCAGCCCCUCCCGCCAUCACCUUCUCUCCUUGUCAAUCACCCUUGCGUGGUUCCUGCUUUCUUCCACCCCGGCUUGCUUGCCGGCCGGCCGCCCGUCUCUUCACCCCACCCCACCCCGACCCAUCCACCUCCCACCCCUGCCGGUUGGGUGCUUUGCCAAAUGUCUCCAGACUUCAUGUGACAUCACCACCCUUCUGACUCACGCUUUACUGAGCCAAGCCAGGAUAACUAACUGCACGAGAGGCCGCGAAGGACUCUCUUUAUAUAGAAGCACAUCCCUCUGGAAGCAAAAGACACGCAAACACACACACACACACACACACAGACACACACACACAUACUCAUGUACACAGGGUUUACUUGUAGCUUGCUGGUCGUAAGUGGGGUGUUGUUGCUGUUGUGGUGUUGUACUGUAGGUAGCCCCGGGCUGUGUAGCAUGUCCUUAAAGCCAUGACUUAAUGUCCUGAGAGUGGAAAACACAUAACCCCACACUGAGCUGGCUACUUUCUCUCUUCUCUCUCUCUCUUUCUAUAUAUAUAAAAAUACAUAUAUAUACAUAUAUAUUUCUCUCUUUUCAAACACACUUCAAUCAAAAUGAAUAUUCUGCCACACAAGAAAGCUUAACAGAAACUAAAUGCUCUGAUGCCAUGUUUACCUAAAGAUCAUUUGUGGUCGUAGUAGAGUAGCAGUAACCAACAAGUGAUAUCUGGUGCAGUGUCGCCUCCUUGGGGGGUGAGUGCCAGCUAGCUGAGUGUUUUAAUACUAUCAUGCAGCUUUGACAUUUUGCAAUACAGUUGUACAUUUACCUUGGGUUGGUGUCGUGUGAGAUGGUGUCAUGUGAGUAGGUCUCUCCAUCACUGCCGCGGAAACCGAGCCCAGUGACGGAGUCGUCGUGUGUGUUGAAAAUUAAAAAAAAAAAAAAAGAAGAGAAAAAAAGGUAGAAAGUGUUUUUACCAAAAUGCAUUUUUGUCACAGUGUAGCUUGAACCUGACGCGCAGGUUCACAUGCGUGUGCUCUGCCCUGCUGUGUGUGACUUAAAGAAUGUGUCUAAAAAAGGUGUGGAUGUUUAAAAAGUGCAAAUGUGAGUGCAAAUGUGUUUUAAAGGGUUUCAGGCAACACCAAGACUCACCUAGACAAAGCAUGGCCACUGGAGUGCUUAUACAACACAAAGCCAAAAAAAGGGGGGGGGGAUGGGAAAGAAGGAAACUAUCAUGCACUGCAGAGUGAAGUGGGAGGAAGAUUUAGCUGCCCUUGUACCUGCAUCUUCAUCUGGCACAGGGCCCAGUGGCAAAGCAGAACAGUGUGUGCUAAAAAUGCAUGUUUCAUCGACCUGGGCUGUUAGCUUUGGUAGCGUUACUUCAAUUUAAAAAGGUACAGAGACGGCUGUGCAUGACUUAGUUAAUCUGAACUGUGACUAUCUUCUCAACACUAACAAACAAACAACAAAAAAAUGAGCACGGUGUCAGUGGCUGCUUCCCUGACUUGUAGCGUGUGUUCAUCCUGUCCCCCUUUGGUGGCAACGAUGGAGUCCUCUUUUUGAUGUUAACCUUAUUGCCUAAAGAACAAGCACAUGUGACAAUAGUUACAGCGACAAAACACAUUUUUUCCUUGGUAUUGCAUUUGCGUUGGUUUAUAUUUAGGUAUAGAUUCAUGCAGUGUUUCAGCAGAGAGAGGAGCUUGCGUAUUGAUCUUGUGUAUUUGUGUGACAGACCUCCCCUCGUGGUUGCUAUGCUGGUUGCUAUGCUGUAUUGCUAGAACAUGUAGAAUGUGGUGCGACGGAGGCAGCCUCCCUCUCUCAGUGCACACAGACACGAGACAACACGACAGCAGGAAAACAUUCAGGCUGUUAAAAACAAGUCUUGGUCUCACCAAUUUUCACUUCCUUUUUAUGUUUUUUUUUUUUUUUCUGUUAAACCCUUUGUGUCGGCCUGUCAUUUCAGUUCUUCAGGGCUGUGUGUUAAUGGCUGCCUUUAGGACCCUCACUGUCCUAUGCACUGUGAUAGUAAAGGAUAAGACUUGGCCCAGAGUCUCUUUCAGCCUCGUGGGGCCAAGGAUCAAUUAACAAGGAUUACUUCUCCCUGUCUUGUGCACUGCCAGUGUUGACACUGCCUCCUCCUGUAGUGGAGUCAUCUGUGAUGAAGUUUUCAUAGUUUACACAGGGUGUUGUCAGUUGAGAUGCCUUAAGUAUUUAACAAUCAUAAUUUAUUACUAACUGUAGAUAUUGUGGGUAUGUAUUUAAUUUUGUAUAGUUUUUUGGGGGCGACUGAAUCAUAAUUUAUUUAUUUAGAAAUAACACAAAAAUGCUAUGAAAAAAAAACUAUUACCUCAUUUUUGCAUUGUUUUAAAUGGGAAUGCUUUGCAUGCAGUUGUACUUUUUAGAACACCGAAAGUUAAAGACAAAAAAAAAAAAAAAAAAAAAAAAAUUAGCUCUGCUGUUUGAUCUCCACAAGCUGGCUGUGCGAUGUUUACUGUCCAAGGCUGAGCUACUGAGCCCGCUCUCCGUCUCUCUCUCUCUCUCUUCCUCUCUCUAUGUCUCUCUCUCUCUCUCUCUCUCUCUCUCUCUCAUGUGGUGCUGUGGAUCUUGGUUACAUUCCAUUCAAUGCAAUUUCUCUGAUCCCCCAUGCUGUGAUGUAGUGGACAAACUGCAAUGAAGUGAACUGGUUCUAGUUUGUGAUUUCUUUCUUUUUUUUUUGUUUUGCACUCACUUGUUAAAAUAUGGGAACCCUCUCACUGGCAAAAAAAUGUAGUUUAGAUAAUUUAAUAUUAUCACUAAGAACUCUGGCUUUUUGUUUUUGUUUUUAAUGCUCUGCUUCUCACAAUGCACUAUGGGUCUUAAUGAUGAUCAUCUGUGAAGCAUGUUCCUUCGCUUUAACUCUUUGUAUCUAUCUCUAAGUUUCGUCUCUCUGGUGUUUCUCUUCAGUUCUUUUUCCAGAAUAGUUUGUAGACUUUAAGCAUAACAAGUGCCUCGCUUUAAGUGUUAGGAGAUAUUUCCAUGUUACUGAAACCAUUAAAUACGUAACAAUCAGUCCAUGAAGCCACCAUGCCUUAUUGGUUGCAUAAUUAAUUAAAAGAAUGGGUCGUGAAAGAGCUAAGACAAUAUUUGACAGGUGUCUACAAAAGCCAUUUUCCUCAAAGAAAUCUCAAAGUCAAUCUGUCCAAAAACAGCUGUCGGUGUGUAGUACUGAAGCAUCACAUACUGUGGAAAUAGUUCUGACCAUAGAGAGGCAUGUUUCACUGUGGGCUUUACAAAUACUACAGUCAUCUUUCUUUACUUCAUUUCUCUAUUCUGUUUCUCUUCCUGUCGCUUACUCUCUCCGAUUCUUUUUUUUUUCACCGUCCAUCCCUCCUCUCAGACUCUAUCCUCUGUUUCCUUUCACAGUCUAAAAGGAAGGCAAGGAUUUUAAAGCACAACCUUUUCUAAAAAUGCAUGUUUUCUCAGGUUUCAAUAUAGUCUCAAUGGUUUAAUAGUAUAUGGUGAAAAUAUAUACAAAGAGUAUAACAGAAAAAAAAAAUUAUUAAUUUUGUUGCUGCUUGAAUCUGAAAAACAAAACUGAAGAGAAAAUCCCAAAAAGUGCCAGUGAAAGGGCUGCCGCCAUCCUUGUAUGAAAAUCUGCUGUUUAGCUGUGACUGCGCAAUGUUUUUCAAUAUAGGAUAUUUUAUCUGAAAAUAGAACUAUUUAUCAUUAAUAUUAAAGCAAUAGCGCAUUAAUGGUGAUGAGUGUGUUGAUGAAGAAAUGGAUGAGCAUAUUAUGGGUAAAUGUUAGAUUCACAUUUGGUGGAAUUUUGUACUUUAUUUAUUAUUACUACUAAUAAUAACGAUAAUGAUUUCAAAAGUUGCAUUGCUAAACCCAAACUGUUCUGUUUUGUUUUUUUAAUUUUAAUUUUAUUUCAUGGCUUGUAUAUUAUCCUUUUGUAUGUGCUCUUUUUGUAAUAAAUUGGAUAAAACUGA